GGCGCAUGCGCAGUAGUUUGUUUACAAGCUGUGUUUCAUUUACUGCGUCAUAAAAUCAUCGGCUGGUCGAUAUAGUUUAGUGUUAUUAUAUCGAAGCUGCUACGAUGGCGGAUCGUGUUUUUAUCGCAGAUUACAUAAAAAAGAAGCGACGUAGAAAGGGAAAUCUUGAAUACUUGGUGAAAUGGAAGGGAUAUCCAACACGACACUGCACUUGGGAACCUAGAGAAAACAUACUUGAUGCGUCCUUGAUAAAACAGUUUGACGAGGAGGGCUAUGAUCCACGUAGGGUGAGGGCGGCCUGCCGGAAGAAGAAAAGGAGGCGAAGUGAGAUCACAGAGUCUAGGUCCCUUCCGCUCCCAUUCUACGAUUCUGACAGUGAACACGAGCCCAGGACGCCACCCCAUGAUCUUUUAAGCAAACAUAAAACCAAAGUGUCUCCGAUUUCAUUGUCAAAAUUUGGCGGCGUGUGGCAAGCAGAUGCCACGAGCGAGGAACGAGAUACUUUGUUUGAAAACGAGGCGGAUAAACGCACGGGACAAAAGAAACGGAAAAUCGAGUUGGAUAUUAUCGAUAAUAAAGAAAAUGAGGUCACCCUGCAUAGUCCGAGACAAGAACAACUGAGCCCAUUGUACGAAAAUGGCGGGAAAAGCUGCCACCCAAAAAUGCGAGCGAAGUACAUGUUUCGCACCGGUGAUUUUGAGAAUACAGAAUGGGGGUACGACUGGAGUAGCUCGGACAACGAGAGUUUAAAGGGGAUUGUGCAUAUUGAUAGUGAAAAAGCGCUUCAGUCAACAAUGACUGUGACACAAAAUAAUCCCGAGAACCGGAAACGCCUGGAUAGUUAUUGUGAAAUGUCUAGUAACGCUAGUGAAUCUACGAUACCCGCAAUUGAUGAACUUGAAGUCCCCCCUCUGGUAAUCGAUCAUGACUGGCAGGAGCCAGCCGGGUGUCCCUCUUUAGAAAACUCUUACUUCGAGGAAACCUUCUCUCCUAUAAAGGAGGAAGACGAAAACAUGCCCACACUAACAAACGAACACGCAUACCCUGAUCCUGAAAAAUACAACCUGACGCAACAACCGGAAAUGGACCAAUCUUACGAAAACGUUACACCGGAAGUAAACACUGACAAAGCGCGCGAGCACGUGUACGUUACGGAAGUAACAUUAGAUAACCUCACUGUGAUUAUCCAUGAAAGUGAUAAAAUGAAAGGCUUCUUUAGAUACCAGACGUAAAAAAAUACAAUAAUUUCUGCGGCUCGUGAUUUUAGAAGUUGAACUAGAGCCAAUUUUGCAUAUUAUCACACAUGUAACGGAGAAUGGUCCUGAAUUUUUCUACCUGCAGAUCUUAUAAAGAGGUCAUGGCCCUUCGUUUAAGAUACUAACUUUUGACUGGAUUUUCAAUAAGGGUCAAACACAUAUUUAUGCAUAUUGUUUAUAAUGGCAUAAUUGAAAUAUCUGAGUUCGAUGGCUUAUUGUGUAAUAGGGAAUUACAUGUAAAAUAUUUUCUAAUUUUUAUACUUCAAAACUUUGUUUCCAUUUGUUAUUCUUUGUUCAUAAAGUACAAAAAACAACACAUAUUUUAUAUGUUAUGAUAUUUUCAGAAUCCUUUGGUUUUAAUAAAAAGUGUAUCUAUAUUCUGAUAAAAAAUGUACCUCUUUUCUCGCAUUGUGUUGCAUGUCCAGAUUUAUAUAAGAUAAUUUCAAUAACUUCAACGUAUUUAUGAAACUUUAUUUUGACAUUUUAAAAAGCAUAACAUUUGUUUUUCUCAAAUCUUCAUUUUUAUUUAUUACUUAAGUAAUUCAGUCCAGAAACAAAUAAAAGUUUUACUGCAUUGUAUUUUUAGCUCACCUGUCACAAAGUGACAGGGUGAGCUUUUGUGAUCGCUUUUCGUCCGGCGUCCGUCCGUCAUCCGUCCGUAAACUUUUACUUUAAAUGACAUCUCCUCAUAAACCACUAAACCAAUUUCAUCCAAACUUCACAGGAAUGUUCCUUUGGUGGUCACCUUUAAAAAUCGUUCAAAGAAUUUAAUUCCAUGCAGAACUCUGGUUGCCAUGGCAACCGAAAGAAAAAACUUUAAAUAUCUUCUUUUAAAAAACCAUAAGAGCUAGAGCUUAGAUAUUUGGCAUGAAACAUCUUCUAGUGAGUGUCUACCAAGUUUGUUCAAAUAAAAGCCCUGGGGUCAAAAUUGGCCCCGCCCCAGGGGGUCAUUGAUUUUCCCUACAUGCAUAUAGUAAAAACUUAAAAAAUCUUCUUUUAAAGAACUCAAAGAGCUAUGGCUAAGAUAUUUAGCAUCAAACAUGUUCUAAUAGGUGUCUACCAAGUUUGUUCAAAUAAAAGCCCUGGGGUCAAAAUUGGCACCGCCCCGGGGGUCAUUGAUUUUCCUUAUAUGUGUAUAGCAAAAACUUAAAAAAUCUUCUUUGAAAAAACCCAAAUAGCUAGAGUUAAGAUAUUAAGCAUGAAACAUCUUUUAGUGAGUGUCUACAAAGUUUGUUCAAAUAAAAGACCUGGGGUCAAAAUUGGCCCCACCCCGGGGGUCAUUGAUUUUCUUUAUAUGUGUAUAGCAAAAACUUAAAAUCUUCUUUGAAAAAACCCAAAUAGCUAGAAUUUAGAUAUUAAGCAUGAAACAUCUUCUAGUAAGUGUCUACAAAGUUUGUUCAAAUAAAAGCCCUGGGGUCAAAACUGGCCCGGCCCCAGGGGUGUCAUUGUUUUUAACUAUAUGUGUAUAGUAAAAACUUUAAAAAAAUCUUCUUUUAAAAAGCCCAAUGAGCUAGAGCUUAGAUGUUUAGCAUGAAACAUCUUCUUAUGGGUGUCUACCAAGUUUGUGCAAAUAAAAGCCCUUGGGUUAAAUUGGCCCUGCAACGUUGGGGGUGGGGGUUGGGGGGCCUAUAUACAGGUGAGCGACCUCAGGGCCAUCAUGGCCCUCUUGUUAUUUAUUACUUAAGUAAUUCAGUCCAGAAACAAAUAAAAGUUUUACUGCAUUGUAUUUUUUUAUGUUUUUUUAUGAUUUUUAAUUGGAAGAACAUAAAUCUAGUAUGUUUAUAAUUUUGUGUAUACCUAUAAGAAAAGGCUGAUUUUGGUGUAAAACCUAAAUAUGUUCAUUUGUAUUGUAAGAUGUUUUCAAAUUUAUGUUUAUAAAUUUUUGAUAAUAUUAGAAACACAUGAGAAAAGUGGUCAAACGAUUGCUAGUUGAACAAAUAACGUGAUUUUAGCACAUCUAAGGCGCUUUAUGAAUUUCGUAAAAGUUGCAUGUGAUAUUAGAAUAAAAAGUGUAAAAAUGCAUUUCUCCGUUAGUCACGGUUUAGAAAUACAGAAAAAUUAUAAAUCCGGUCAAAUUUUUAAUAAAAUAGGCAUAUGAAUUUGUUUAAACCCUAUCUACACUAAAUAUCUAAAAAAAAAUGGACUUGUCUGUCCUCCAAUCUGGACAAAACCAUUAAUCAGUAAUAGGGGGAAAUUUCAAAAUGAGUUGUAACUGAAUAACGAACAGUGCAGACCUUAAUCAGACGACACGUGUCGGAUGAUCUUCGUCUGCACUGGAUCUGUUGCCUCUUGCAGACUUGCGGUAAAAUUCUUCACUAUUUGAUUUUUUUUCCUUAUUUCAAUUAAAACAAAAAGAUAAUUGUUUUUCUUAUCUGCAAGUAAAUAUCAACACACAUGACAUGAUGUGGCGGGGAGGGGUAAUAGAAUACUUAUUAGAGAUCGCUUAAAUGGGCAUAUUAUAAUCGCGAGUAAAUUAAAUUUUUACCCUGUUUAAACCGGAAGUAACUAGCCUUUGCCACCAGUGUAGGGUAAGACCAGCCUGCACUUGCGUGCAGUUUACUGUUUGCUGACAAUAUCCCCAAAACUGAUAAUGGGCAGUUCCAAAUAUGGAAGCUGGACAAGUCGAUUUAAGAAAUUAAGAGGGUUAAAAGUUUAGGUUUAAUUGUCUUACAUUUGAAAAUAACGAAAAAAACAAUUUUUGUAUAGUAACAUUUUUAAUGAUGUUUAUUUGUUUUGAAAGGACCACUUCACCCUAAGAAAGUGUGUUAUUACUUAUUGUUAUACAUGUAUGACCAACGGACCAGUAUAACCUUGUUAGUUAUAUAGAUAAAACAUGAUAACAUUAAGUAUGUGGUAAAACGUUAUAUACAAUAACAUACAUCUACAAAAUAGGUUAAGGUAUAAAUAACUCAUUUCGAAGAAAAACUAUUAAUGUUGACGUGAGUGUUACAAACUGUCCUUCAGGGUUUUAUGUGACAUCUUUUUGUAAUUGUGGUUAAUAAAUCGAAUAAAAGAG